UUGUUAGCGCGCGUGCUGUGAACGACGCCGCUGAAUGAUAGCUCUGAGUGCAUUGUUAACCAAGUACACGAUCGGUAUUAUGAGCAAUCUAAGCAAUGGCAAUCCUCAACAGCAACAGAACCAGCAACAGCAGCAGCCACCAAAUGCAGCAGCUGCAGCAGCAGGCCAGGGGAAUGCUGUGGGUGGGGGCGCGGGUGUGGGCAUAGAGCUGCCAGCUCCUGCUCCGCCAGGACUGGGGGCUGCCGUGGGCGUGGUGGCAGUCCAGCGGCAACGUCUGCUGCAGCAGGCGCAACAGAACACCGCUGCCGAGGGCAGUGGCCUGGAACGAGGAAGCUGCCUGCUCCGCUAUGCUUCGCAAAACUCCCUGGACGAGAGCUCCCAGAAGCACGUCCAGCGGCCCAACGGCAAGGAGCGCGGCACAGUGGGACAAUACAGCAACGAGCAGCACACAACCCGCUCCUUCGAUGCCAUGAACGAGAUGCGCAAACAAAAACAACUCUGUGAUGUCAUAUUGGUGGCCGAUGAUGUAGAGAUUCAUGCCCAUCGCAUGGUAUUGGCCUCGUGCAGUCCCUACUUCUAUGCGAUGUUCACCAGCUUCGAGGAGUCGCGUCAGGCGAGGAUCACACUACAGAGCGUGGAUGCACGAGCACUGGAAUUGCUCAUCAAUUAUGUGUACACCUCGACGGUGGAGGUGAACGAGGAUAACGUGCAGGUCCUGCUGACGGCAGCCAAUCUGCUGCAGCUCACGGAUGUGCGGGAUGCCUGUUGUGAUUACCUGCAGACGCAAUUGGAUGCCAGCAAUUGUCUGGGCAUACGCGAGUUUGCCGAUCUUCAUGCCUGCGUGGAGCUGCUCAACUACGCGGAGACCUACAUCGAAGAGCAUUUCAACGAUGUGAUCCAGUUCGAUGAGUUUCUGAAUCUCUCGCACGAGCAGGUUAUCAACCUGAUAGGAAACGAUCGCAUUUCGGUGCCCAAUGAGGAGCGCGUCUACGAGUGUGUGAUCGCCUGGCUGCGCUACGAUGUGCCCAUGCGGGAGCAGUUCACCUCGGCUCUGAUGGAGCAUGUGCGCCUGCCGUUCCUGUCCAAGGAGUACAUUACCCAGCGCGUGGACAAGGAACUGCUGCUGGAGGGUAAUAUCAUAUGCAAGAAUCUGAUCAUAGAGGCCCUCACCUACCACCUGCUGCCCACGGAGACGAAGUCGGCUCGCACAGUGCCUCGAAAGACGGUGGGCAUGCCGAAGAUCUUGUUGGUGAUUGGCGGUCAGGCCCCCAAGGCCAUACGCGCCGUCGAGUGGUACGAUCUGCGCGAUGAGAAGUGGUACCAGGCUGCCGAGAUGCCCAAUCGUCGCUGCCGCUCCGGAUUGAGCGUGCUGGGCGAUAAGGUCUAUGCCGUGGGUGGCUUCAACGGCGCACUGCGGGUCCGCACUGUGGAUGUCUACGAUCCGGCCACCGAUCACUGGGCCAGCUGCUGCAACAUGGAGGCUAGGCGAUCUACGCUGGGCGUGGCUGUGCUGAACGGCUGCAUCUUUGCCGUGGGCGGAUUCGACGGCACCACCGGACUCUCCAGCGCCGAGAUGUACGACCCAAAGACUGAUAUCUGGCGAUUCAUCGCCUCCAUGUCCACGCGUCGCAGUUCCGUGGGUGUGGGCGUCGUUCAUGGCCUGCUCUAUGCCGUUGGCGGCUACGAUGGCUUCUCCCGCCAGUGUUUGUCCUCCGUGGAGCGUUACAAUCCCGACACAGACACCUGGUCUGCCAUCGCCGAGAUGACUUCCCGUCGCAGUGGAGCUGGCGUGGGAGUGCUGAACAACAUCCUGUACGCGGUGGGGGGACACGAUGGCCCCAUGGUCCGCAAAUCCGUUGAGGCCUACGACUGCGAGACGAACACCUGGAGCUCUGUGUCGGACAUGUCCUACUGUCGCCGCAACGCCGGAGUGGUGGCCCACGAGGGGCUGCUCUAUGUGGUCGGUGGCGAUGAUGGAACCUCCAAUUUGGCCUCCGUGGAGGUGUACUGCCCGGAGUCGGACAGCUGGCGGAUCCUGCCCGCUUUGAUGACCAUUGGACGCAGUUAUGCGGGCGUCUGUAUGAUCGAUAAGCCCAUGUGAAUGGAAGAGCAGGGUGCAUUGGCACGACAAGCGGCUUCGCUGGCCAUCGCACUGCUGGAUGAUGAAAAUAGCCAGGCUGAGGGGACCAUGGAGGGUGCCAUUGGUGGGGCCAUUUAUGGCAAUAUCCCACCAGUUGGAGCGGCUGCUGCAGCAGCUCCAGUCCAGCCAUCGGCGGCCCCUCAGCCCCCAAAUCAUCCGCACUACGAGAACAUCUAUGCGCCAAUCGGUCAGCCCAACAACAAUCAAAUUGUGGCCGCCGCCAACGUCAAUGCCCCUGCAAAUGUUGAGGAUGCUCAACAGCCACUCCAGCUGGCAGCCCAACCAGCGCCAACAGAAGCCAAUGCCAACAUUAAUCCACCCCCACAACCAGGACCCUCACCACCAUCGCCACAGCCACAGCCACAACCACAGCAGCUAGCACCAACGCCACAGCAACGCGCACUGCCCAUGAACAACUAUCGCAAUGAUUUAUACGAUCGAUCUAUAGCUGGUGCCGGGAUCCUGGGCGCGAGCGCCGCUGCGGCUGCCUACGAUGUGCCGCGUGCAGUGCGCUCAGGCCUGGGAUACCGUCGAAACUUUCGCAUAGAUAUGCAGAAUGGCAAUCGCUAUGGAACCGGACUGCGUUGCACGCCGCUCUACACCAACAGUCGCUCGAAUUGUCAGCGUCAGCGCAGCUUCGACGACACCGAAUCCACCGAUGGCUACAAUCUACCCUAUGCCGCAGCCGGAACAAUGCGCUAUGAGAAUAUCUACGAACAGAUACGCGAUGAGCCCAUCUAUCGACCCACUGCCACCAACCGAGUGCCGCUAUAUACACGCCUCGAUGUACUGGGGCAUGGCAUAGGACGAAUCGAACGACACCUGAGCUCCUCCUGCGGCAACAUUGAUCACUAUAAUCUGGGCGGCCACUACGCCGUGCUGGGACACUCGCAUUACGGAACCGUUGGUCACAUACGACUCAAUGCCAAUGGGGCAGGAGGCACGGCCGCGAGUGGAGGAGGAAGCAGCACUUGCAACGUGCCCAACUGCCAGGCGUAUGUGGGGAGUGCUAGUGCCGCUGCUGCAGCGGCCGCAGCCGCUGGAAUGGAAUACGGCAAUGUAAAGGUUCCCGUUAAGAACAGCGCCUCGAGUUUCUUUAGCUGCCUGCACGGCGAGAAUUCGCAGAGCAUGACCAACAUUUACAAGACGACAGCAGCGGCAAUGGCUGCCCACAACUCUCCGCUCACGCCGAAUGUGUCAAUGGAGCGUGCGGCACGGUCUGCCUCCGCUGGAGCCGCAGGAGCAGUCGUAGACGAUCAAUCUGUGCCGGAAAGCGCUUCCAGUUCAUCAGUAAGCAGUGCCACUCGCCCAACCGGAGCUAUACCCAAGGUGAAGGCUGCCAGCAAGGCGGCCAAGGAGUCGGCAACUGCUCCUCCAAUUGCUGGUCUAGAUAAAAGUGGAUCGACUGCGUCGGUAAAGAGCGGACCAACUGCGGCCGCUAAGAGCGUUUCAACUGCGGCCGUCAAGAGUGCUGCCCUGGCCAAGAAAACCACAUCGACCACAGCCCGUUCGAGUUCUUCGGGAGAUGCCAAUGGGAAUAACACUCUGAAUCGCAUAUCCAAGUCCAGUUUGCAGUGGCAUCUCGUGAACAAAUGGCUGCCACUGUGGAUUGGCCAGGGACCCGAUUGCAAGGUGAUCGACUUUAACUUUAUGUUUUCGCGUGAUUGCGUUAGCUGCGACACAGCCUCCGUGGCCUCUCAGAUGUCGAAUCCUUAUGGCACUCCACGCUUGGGGGGCUUGCCCCAGGACAUGGUUCGCUAUCAGAGCUCUUGCACUGGAUCCUGUGCAGCAUCGACUGCUUCCUCUACUAUGCGUCGGGAUCCAAAUGCAGCAGCCCGUCCUCUUCACAGCACCUUGAGUCGUUUGCGUAGUGGAGCCGACAAGCGUAAUCCGAAUGGAGCGGCAGCAUCAAAUUAUAGAUACGAAGAUCCCUCGUAUGAGAAUGUGCAUGUUCAGUGGCAGAAUGGAUUUGAAUUUGGACGCUCGCGUGACUACGAUCCCACCUACCAUCAGCGUCCGAUGCUGCAGCGUGCCAGGUCCGAGAGUCCUACAUUCAGCAAUCAACAGCGACGCCUGCAACGCCAGGCGGCACAGGCACAGCAGCAGGCACAACCAUCUGCCGCGAAGCCGGGGGAUCCCUUCAAGAACUACAAACUGAAUACGGAGAACAAUAGUUUCAAGCCCAAGCCGCCAGUUCCAGUGGAAUUGCCCGACGAACUCGAGGGCGCUGUGGGCGGUGCAGCUGUGGAAGUGUCUGUCGCGGAGGUCGAAGCGGAACUGCCUGUGGAUCCUCCUGUCAAUUUGAGUGAUAAUGAGACUGAGACGACCAACAGUCAAACCAACCCUCAAUGCUCUACCACCACCAGCAGCAGUAGUAGCAGCGGAAGCCAGAAUAAUGUGAAUGAACACCACGAUUAAGAUCGGAUAAAGUUCACUUUGGUUUUGAGAGCAGCUUUUAAUUUCCUGUUUUAUAUAUUUCAUUUUUAAUUUUGUGUUCAUUUUCUGUCGUCACGCUGCUCCUCUCCUCAAAAUUGGAUCUCAAAAAAUGAAAAAUCAAAAUCGAAUCGACCAAAAAAGCGUU